AUGGAUAGAGAAUUAUUAGUUGACUGUCUUUUCAAUAAGGAUUUCAUAAAAUAAAAUCUUUCUUAAACAAGAAAGGCUUAAAAUGAUAUUUUAUCAAAGAAACCCUAAACUUAGUUGUAUCAUGUGCAAUCUUCCAAAUAUGGAAUAAGAUAACCAGUUUAAUUAAAAAAUCCUCUUCUUAUAAAAUCUCUAUUAUCAUCACGGAAAUUUUCAAAAGAGAAAGAUAUAUCACUUCCAAUAUGUGCAUUUAAAAUUAUACCAACACAACCUUUAACUUCAUUUUAGACAGAUCGUAUACAUGGUAGAUGUCCUGCUUUUAAAAAGUUUAGACUUAAAUUAGGAGGUAAAUAAACAAAAAGUGUACCAGAUGAAUAAUUUAGAGUAGAAACAGCUCCUGCUAUGUGUAGAAGCCCUACUGUAACAAAAUAAGCACUUAACAAUUUGUUAAAAAGUUAACCUAUCUAUGAAAGAAAAUAAAAAAAGUCUGAACCUACAUUAACUUUUAACAAAAAUGAUUGGGGAAUUGGAGGCUGGAAUAUAAUUGAAGAUAAUUAUGAUCCAAAAAUGUUUAUGGAUUGAUAGAAAAUUAUAGUUAGAC